UUGUUUCAUCAAAUCAAACAGUAGCAAAGAAGUGAGAGGCGGAAAAGGAAAAGAAGAUGCAGGCGGCCAGGGAGAAGGUGAAGGACUUGGCGAGCACAGCUAAGGAGAAGAUGAAAGAACACAAGGUCACGGCGGAGGAGAAGGCCGAGAAGGCCGCCGCCCGGACGGAGGAGGAGAAGGAGAUUGCUCACGAGCGAGCCAAGGCUAAGAAGGCCCAGGCCAAGAUGGAGCUGCACCAGGAGAAGGCUCAGCAUAAGGAAGAGACUGCUGCCCACCGUGCUGCCCAUGUACCUCUCUUUGGCAGUCACCGCCAACCACCAGUCGUCGCUGCUCCAGCUUCGGCCGGAACGGCCGGCACCUCUCCAGCUACGGCCGGAACCACCGUCCCCACUUAUCCUGGCUCCGGCAUCCACCCUAUUGGCAAUAAGUACCUGUAGGUUUUCUUGGAUGUGUAUAUAGUCUAUGUUAUGUUGGAUAUUUUCAAAAUAAAGAGAUGAUGUUUGAUUACAAAAGAGGGCUGGGUCAAA